GUGCAUCUGUGAUUCAAUCGGUAGCCGUACGUCUACAGUGGCGUUACCACUAGUUUACCCAUAGAUUCCCAAAAUGGACACAGAUUAUGCAAAACAAAUUUCAUCGUGAAGAGAAGCGGACUGCUAACAUGACAGUGACCGGGUGACUGUGGCUCUGCUUAGCAACUUCCUGCACUGAAGUACCGAAGCCCGCUACAGCGAGGAUGUUUCCCAGCCUGGCACACAGACCAUGGCAUGUCUUCUUCAGGGUCUCCUUGCAGCACAGGGUGUCCCUGUCCCAGAGGUCCCCGAGGUUCAACCAGCUGUGCCACGGGUGGCAAAGUGGAAGCAUACAUACCUUGUGGUUCAGCCACCCAGACUGCCGUGUUGCUUCUCUAGGACUGAGCAAGGUUCAAUAUUACUCUACCUCUGGGACCAGUAAAGAUGGUCCCCCAAAAUCUGCAUCAAGUGAUGCUCCUGUCACAGGGGGUGAUGCAAAACCCACCUUAUCCUCAUCAGUGCAGGGGCUGACUAAAGCUGAGCAAAUUCAAGUAAAAGUUCGGGCUGUCUUAAAGAAGAGGGAAUAUGGUUCCAAAUAUACUCAGAAUAACUUUAUCACUGCAGUCAGAGCCAUGAAUGAGUUCUGCCUAAAACCAAGUGACCUGGAACAGCUUAGGAAGAUCAGAAGGCGCAGUCCCCAUGAUGACACAGAGGCUUUCACUGUGUUCUUGCGGUCUGAUGUGGAGGCCAAGGCAUUAGACGUAUGGGGAAGCCAUGAAGCCCUAGCCCGAGAGAGAAAUCUCAGGAAAGAGGUGGAAAGAGAGUAUCAAGAGAAUAUUUUUCGGAAUCAACAGUUGUUGAAAGAAUACAAAGACUUUUGGGGAAACACUAAGCCUCGAUCGGGCAAGAGAACAACAUUUCUACAAGGGCCAGGGAAGGUGGUCAUGGUCGCUAUUUGCAUCAAUGGAUUGAACUUCUUCUUCAAACUCUUGGCUUGGGUCUAUACCGGGUCAGCCAGUAUGUUCUCUGAGGCCAUUCACUCUCUGGCCGACACCUGCAAUCAGGCUCUACUCGCUUUGGGAAUCAGCCAGUCUGUUCGCAACCCAGACGCUGGGCAUCCGUAUGGUUUCUCCAACAUGCGCUACAUCGCCUCCCUCAUCAGUGGGGUGGGCAUUUUUAUGAUGGGAGCAGGCCUCUCUUGGUACCAUGGCAUCAUGGGAUUGCUGCACCCAGAGCCCAUUGAGUCUUUAUUAUGGGCUUACUGUAUUUUGGCAGGUUCUCUGGUUUCUGAAGGAGCCACAUUACUAGUAGCUAUCAAUGAGAUCAAGAAGAGUGCUCACCAGCAAGGAACAUCUUUUUAUGAAUAUGUAAUGCAGAGUCGAGACCCCAGUACUAACGUGGUGCUGCUGGAGGACGCUGCUGCUGUACUGGGGGUUAUUUUGGCUGCUGGAUGCAUGGGGCUCACCUCACUCACAGGUAACCCCACCUACGACAGCUUGGGUUCCCUGGGCGUGGGCACAUUGCUGGGCACCGUCUCGGCUUUCCUCAUCUACACAAACACAGAGGCGCUGCUGGGACGCUCCAUACAGGCUGAACGUGUGCAGAAGCUCACAGAGUUCCUGGAGAAUGACCCUGCAGUAAGGGCCAUCCACGACGUGAAGGCCACAGAUAUGGGGUUGAGUAAAGUGCGCUUUAAGGCUGAAGUUGACUUCGAUGGCCGAGUGGUGACGCGAUCGUAUCUGGAAAAACAAGACAUUGACCAAAUCCUCACUGACAUUCAGCAGGUUAAGACCACAGAGGAACUGGAGAGCUUUAUGUUGAAGCAUGGAGAGAACAUCAUUGACACCCUGGGGGCUGAGGUGGACCGCUUGGAAAAAGAACUGAAGCAACGUAACCCUGAGGUGCGCCAUGUAGACUUAGAGAUUCUAUAAGAUCUAAGGAUGUCAUCUCCCACGGAAAUACUCUGCUGUACAAAACGAAGAAACCGCAAUAGGAAAAGGUGAAAGGAGGGUGAAGCCGACCUCUGCAAUCUGCCUCCCGUUCUGACCACCAAAAAAAAAAAAAAAACAGAACAACAAACCUCCGUCUCUGCACAAGUCUUACUGUAGACAGUAAAGAACCAUAUACAAGGACAAUGAUUGAGCAGCGAUCAUAUGCUUUAUUUGUGCUGCUUGAACUUCUUCUGUUACCGGUACAUUCUUCUGAUACUUCAUAUGUAGGUGAAGUAUUUCUGGUAAAAGACUAAAAACUGGUUAGUGUAGAACUUUCAAUCCUUACUGCAGUUUACAUAUAGCUCUGACAGUUACAUCCUCCGGUUAUUCACUUCAGAUUCGUUAAUGAAUGUGUCAGGAUUCAUUUGAAGACGUGACCAGUAUCAUUUACUAGACUUUGUACUUUACUUUAAUGUUAUGCUUGAACCACAGAGGUAGCGUUUCCUUCAUUAGUCCAAAGGAAACCUGAGCGCUCUGUAUUCAAAGAAAACUUAUUUAAUUACUAGAAAAUAUUAGAUGUUUUUUUUUUUUUUUCUUUUAACAUUUAAGAGAAAUUUGCUUGAUGAAGUUGAAAAUAUAUGAUUAGAUUUUAUUGUACUCACAGAAAAAUACGAUUAAACAGUGUUUUCAUUUGGUUCAUUUAAUAGUUACGUGACCUGAUGUGGAUUACAACUAAAGCUAAAUAAAAACACAAUAUUUGGUCGAUAGAUAAUAUUCGAAGUAUAUGUCGAAGAGAAGAGAAAGUCUAUCAGACUUGUUAAUCAAGCAUUUAUUAGACGAGUGAAUUAUUAAAGGAGUCAAACUGAAAAAGUAAACAUCCUGUCAUGGGAUCCACAGGCAGUGGCAUCCCUUUCGUUCACUUUCUGUCUCUUCACUCGCUCCAAACACUGAACUUUGAUGUCGGCAGCUUAUCGGCAGAUGACUAACAGUGUCGUUCCAAAGAUGAAGUAUUGUAAAAACGGAUACAAAGCAAACCUGACCCUUUGCACACACGAGUAAACGACUGGUCUGUAAGCACAAAACACACCCACCAGUCCUACUGUAUAUUACAUUAUACAGGUUUAAUCAGAUGUUUAGCUCCAUAUUCAAACGUCAGCGAUCAAAUGUAAUGGGUUUUAUUUCUGAGGAUGCCACCCCUGUACAGUUUAUGCAGUAAAUCAUCACGUGAACUGAGUCCCCUUCAAGGUUUCUGCUGAAUUCUAUAAAAAUCAUACAGUGAAUGUGCUUUUAGUUCUCAUUCUGUAUUUACUGUCAGUACGGCUGCCUGCUAACCAGUAAGCUAAAAAUAAUCCUAAUGUGCUUCAUGAGGUUGGCCAGAGUCAUUUCAUCUUGUUUGGGAGGACGGACACACACAUGUUGAAGGUGUUAAUAGUGUAAUAUUUCCCUUUGGUUAUUAUAAAAAUGUUGCCACUGCUGAAGGAGUUGGAAUAAAUUUGAAAUAAUUUAUUAAAUUAUUUUUGGUUUGA